AUGGAGAAGUGGUCCGAGGAAGUACCACCCGCUGGUUGGCUGACAAUUCACACUGGACAUUCAGACAAACCUUUGCAAACUAGACGCCGGCCGAUACAGAUCGUCACAAUAGAUUGGCGGAGCGAGAUCUGUCAGUUCCUAAAGCUUCCGAACGAUGUUUCCGACAACGAAAUAUUUGAAGGUCUCGAAAACGUUGACGGAAAGAUUAGGAACCUGGAAGAACAACAAAACGAACCGGUCAAAACAGGUCCACCAAGAGGACAGCUAGUUUUCCACAUCAAAUGUCACGGAAAAGAAGCACACGAGAGAAACUCGUUCUAUCUGGACGUGCCUUGGAUUGUCGAAAGUAGUCAGUAUGGCGCCCAUUUGGCGAGCAGUCGGCACAUACGUUCCAUGGAACUCUACCUUGAGCGUAACAAGGAUGUCAGCUUUCUUGUGAUCAGAGAGUUUGCCUGCUGUAAAGGCUCGGUUCCAUGGAAAUCUUCAUAUGACGGUAAAACUUCAGAAGAAGACCUUUCGCACUUCUUCAUCGGAGAGUAUCUCGAUAUUAUUUCAGAUGAGACACUUUCGGCCUUAGAAGUGCUCUCUGAGUCGGCUUUGAAGGAAAUUGACCACCCGAAAUUUGUUGACAACCGCUUUCGUGCCAUCGUCUACCCAUAUCUCUGGUGGUACCAUAGUCGUCAUGAAAUCGAAAAGGCCAAAGCGAGAAUGGCGUCGAAUUUCCAGAUUCAGAUCAAUCUGCUUCAAGACUAUAUGGAGGAUCGAUUGAAGAAAACAUGGGACAGUGUCGAGGAGAUGACUGCAAGAGGAAUGAUCACGGCGGAACUGUUGAGUAGCAGCGAUGAUGAUGGCGAUGAAGAGGACAAAUUUUAUUCAACUGUCAUCGUCACAGACUGGAUUUUCACGGGAUCAUUUCAGCGCCGAUCAUUCAGGAUAUCCCUUGGACAACUACCAGAAAGAUCAGCCAAUGAGGAAUUUCCGAUUCAAGAUCUUCCUUUUUUCCCCCUCCAAUAUGCUGAAGCUGACGUUGUCAAAGCCUUGCGAAAUCGAGGGGCCAUGUUUUGGAAAUGUCGUCAUCAGAGAUAUGUUUCCUACAUUACACCUCAAAGCAACACUAUACAGUUCACGGCGAAGUCAAGAUUCAUGAUUGAUUACAAGACUUUCAACAAAAUGCAUCCUGGCGAUGGCUCAGAUGAUUUUGAUUUUGAGCAUUCCAGGCGUUCGCGUAGAUCCAACCUCGUCUCAAUCGACACGCCGACCUACUUGGACCCCCAGGAUGACGAGUUCAUCAUGUGUCUUCCUUCAAGGAUACAGGCAUUCGAUAUGAACACCAAAGAAUGGAAGACAUUAAGGGUUUCCUUCAUCCAGGAUGUGACGUGGAAUGAUAGAGCUUUUGAAGAUUUGGUUAUUGACACAAACACCAAAGAUCUUGUGAAAGCUGUUGUAACAAACACAUUGCGAGAGGAGGAGAACCUUGACUUGAUAGAGGGGAAGGGCAACGGGCUAUGCAUCCUGCUUCAUGGGGGACCUGGCAGCGGAAAGACGUUGACAGCCGAAAGGUUUGAACUAUAUAUGCGUUCUGUCAUGAGUGUCGCCGAAGUUGCAAGAAGGCCGCUCUAUAGGGUAACCUGCGGCGACAUCGGCACAAGAGCCGAUGAAGUAGAGAGAUGUUGCACUCUCAUCACGAGUCGUAGCCUGAACGCCUCAGUUGUCCUCCUCGACGAAGCCGAUGUUUUUCUAGAGCAGCGCUCAAUUUCAAGCAUUGAGAGAAACGCACUAGUAUCAGGUGUGCAUGCUUCUCCCGGACGCGCUUAG